CCUAACCAGUAACCACGAAGGUAGCGGUACCGCAACAAACCACCCGAAACUUCGUCUUCGCCUAUCCUCCUGCACUAGCAGUCUAGCACGCUCGCCUCGCCGUACCCUUGCCAUGAUGUCCUCGUCGCUACCCGCCGGCGACGCCGACGGCGACAUGGAGACGCUGCCCCUAGCCGCCGCCUCCGACUACGCCUCCACGGCCACCACCUUCGACCCCCUCCUCUCCACCUCGUCCCCCUCCCCUCCCACCCCUGCCGCCUUCCCCCUCUCCCGCGCUUCCUCCUCCUCCUUCGUCGAUCCCCCGUCCUAUGCCGACGUCGCUGCCUCCUCCCCGCGCUCCGCCUCCGUCUCCUCCUCCACCUCCCCGAGAUCCGCGCGCGCUGCGGCGUCCGAGUAUGCCCACAUCGCUGUCUCCGACCCGGAGACCGAGGCCGAGGCUGCUGCUACCUCCCUCGUCCCUGGAUCUGCCCCCACCUACAUCUCCUACCUCGUCACCAGUGCCCGCCGCUGCGACCACCGCCGCCACGCCGUCCGACGCCGCUUCCGCGACUUCAUCACCCUCGCCGACCGGCUCGCGGAAGCGUUCCGCGGCCACUUCGUGCCCCCGCGCCCCGACAAGAACACCGUCGAGAGCCAGGUCAUGCAGCGCGACGAGUUCGUGGCCCAGCGCCGCGCAGCGCUCGAGAGGUACCUGUGGCGUCUCGCCGAGCACCCCGCGAUCGGGGCCAGCGACGAGCUGCGCGUGUUUCUGCAGGCCGAGGGCAAGAUGCCACUACCGAGCAGCACCGACGUGGCCUCGCGGAUGCUCGAUGGCGCAGCGCGGCUGCCACGGCAGCUGCUCGGGGAAGAGACCGUGUCCCCGCCACAGGACGUCGUCCAGCCGGCCAAGGGCGGAAGGGACCUCCUGCGGAUAUUCAAGGAGCUAAAGCAGUCGAUGGUGACGGACUGGGGUGGCGUGAAGCCUCCUCUGGUGGAGGAGGACAAGGAGUUCCUGGAGAAGAAGCAAAAGCUGCAGGACUGGGAGCAGCAGCUCAGUAGCGCAUCACAGCAGGCUGAAGCACUUGUCAAGGCACAGCAAGAUAUGGGUGAAACAAUGGGUGCUCUUGGCUUGGCAUUCGUCAAACUUACAAAGUUUGAGACUGAGGAGGCUACAUAUGACUCUCAGAGGAUAAGAGCUGCUGACAGCAAACGUAUAGCAAUGGCAGCUGUCAAAGCUAGCAGGACAUGUCGAGAUUUGAAUACACAAACUGUUAAAUAUCUGGAUACUUUGCAUGAACAUUUGGGGAUAAUGCUGUCUGUCCAUACUGCAUUCUCUGAUCGGGCAAGUGCAUUAUUGACCGUGCAGACACUCAUGUCAGACCUUGCAUCAUUACAAUCAAGGAUUGAGAAACUCGAAGCUGCAUCAUCGAAAGUAUUUGGUGGUGAUAGAGCUAGGCUUCGGAAAGUUGAGGAGUUGAGGGAAACAAUAAGGGCUACUGAAGACGCUAAGUGCUGCGCAUUAAGAGAAUUUGAGAGAAUCAAGGAAAAUAACAAAAUUGAACUCAGCAGGUUAGACGAAGAAAGGAGAGAAGAUUUUCUGGAUAUGCUGAAAGGAUAUGUUAGAAGCCAGGCUGCAUAUGCAGAGAAAAUUGUGGACGGCUGGACGAUGGUGGCAGAGGAGACUAGCGGAUACGGGCGGAACUCUGAUGUCGUGUGAUCUUAGUCUGCCUUUGUUUGGACACAUGUAUGUACAAUGAUUUAGAAUGCAUUCCAGAUAGGAGUAGAAGAAACAUGAACCAAAUUCAAUUUGUUUUCCGCUAAUGUCGCAUGUUUUGCCUUACUAUUGCUUGCCAACUAUCUAUAUUGAUAAUUUGAUAGCAUCCACGUCCUACGAAUGGGCAAACCCCGCUGUCA